GGCGAUGGAGCUGCCCUUUUCAGAAAAAAUAUUUUUUUCAAUAGUUCGAUACAUGCGAGAGAUUUGUAAGAAACAUGUAAAAUUUGAUGACUUUGCAUCAGUAAGUGGCUUCCUAUGCUUCGACAUAGACGGUAAAACACAGCAUAGAUUUGUUGUGAGUGAAGUCGUUGAUAGAACAAUCGGUUGUGAGGGGAACAGCAGUGGCCUUGGUGUAAGUACGAUUGAAGGAAUUUUAUAGUUUCAUUCUAUGUAAUUUAAACCAGCAUUUCCCAAAAUGGCAGGUCGCCACGGAAGCAAAUUCCAGGUUGCAAGAAAAAAAAAAAUUGUGAAAAUCUAGGCAUUAAGUAUGCCUUGACCAUCAUGUUCCAAUUCCAAAUGGAGCAUAUUUUCUUUUGUGUUAAAUGUUUUUUUUUUUGGUUGAUAUGAUUCAGUAAAUAGGUAAUAAGACAUCCUGAAGACAUUAUUAAUUAUGAUUCAGUAAAUAGGUAAUAAGACAUCCUGAAGACAUUAUUAAUAAGAUAAAAGAUAUCUUUACAGAUAUCCAUUUUGGAGAUGGUAGAUAAAUAUGAACGAAACUGUGCCAGUGAGGUCAUGAUAAAAGAGUGUUGAAGUUCUUCCUUUCAAAUCUAUUUAAAUAUAUUACCUAGUUGACAUGAUCAAUAGAAUAACUGUGUGCAAUGAAGUUGCUAAACAUUAUUAUUUUUUUAUGAUUUUCAUUUAAUUUUUUUUGUGACUGGAAGAAUCAGUUUAUUUAUAUAAAUUGGUGACAAAUCUUUGGCUGAUGUCAAUUUUGUCAUCUCUCCUGCCACACUGUGCAAUGGAUAUAAGCUUAUGGGGGGUAAAUUUAUUACCUUAAUAAUGAAAUCAUCUUUUAAAAUAAAAAUAAAACAAAUUGUUAUUUUUAUUCAAUACAUUUUAAGAUAGUUUCUUGAAUCAGUAACAGUAAUAAUUAAUUUAUUUAUUUUCAUUCUAAUGUUUUUUGUUUAAAGUUUGGAUCUGUCAAGAGAACUUAAUAAUCAGGAGACAGUUCUACAUGUAGAACUUAGUAAUCAGGAGACAGGGCUAUGUGUAGAAUUUAUAAUAAUUAGGAGACAGUGCUAUGCAUAGACCUUAUUAAUCAGGAGGUAGUGCUACAUGUAGAACUUUAUGAUUUAAAAUAAGAACUAAAAAUAUUUGACAUAAAAUGCUUUAGAAAUGUUCAAAAUAAUUUGAUAGAUUUGAAAAUUGAUAGAUGUAAAUGAUAAGGUGACAGCAUCAGUUGUUUUUUUUAAUGUAAUUUUGUCAGAUCAUAAAUAAAAUUUAAUUAUGUGUUGUUAAAAUUAUUUUUAAGGCAUUGCAUUGGAGUCAUGUCAAAAAACUGUGCAAUACAAGAAAAGAAGCCAAAAGAAACACCAGAGGCGUGUGUGGCUAUAGUUCUCCCAAAUUGAAUGAUCGCUGUUUAGAGUACAGGGAGAUUCAUCCAGUUCUACGGCAUGGAAAUACACUCUCGAGGAAGCAAUCCACAAUGCAGAAAAGUCUCAGCGGCCCAGUCAACCAUUUACAGUUUUCUAGUGCUAGAAAUAAAAUGAAUAACCGAACAUUCACUCGUGAAAAUUUUCAAAUUAAUGCAUUGAAAUUGAAAGAAGUUUUAAGUCCAGUAAAAACUUUCUCCAACUCCACAGUGAACAUUUCAAACACUCAUGAUGAUUUGGAUGAAAAAUGCAUUUUAAACUCUGGUGAUUUUGCCCAGCACCAGGACAUUGAAGAUAAAGAUGCAGAAACGGGUGUUAACAAUCACAAUUUAAAUAAAUUGACCAAGAGAAAUUACAGCAGCCAAAACCUUCUGUUGAACGAAAGUCAUGGAGCCAAGGAACACAGAAGUAGUACCAACCUCAGGAAGACACAUAGCAAGGAUCUUUUGCCUUUAGAGAAAAUACCAUGUAAGAGCCCCGAUGCUACACCGACACAAAGCUGUCCACCAAAACUCUCUAAACGUGAAGAUUCGGAUGUCAGCAUUGGGUCAACCAGGCCAAAAUAUCUGGUGAAGCACAAUGAUGAACUUCUUUUGCCUUGUCCAAGGCUUCGUACGGUCAUCACUCAGGAUUGUAUCACAGCACCAAGACAAAAGCACAGUGAGCUCAACAUCAAUCAAGAUUCUAGCACAGCACCAAGACAAAAUCACAGUGAGCAUCACAUCAAUGAAGGUUGUGAAGAAAACACAGUGGUAUCUAGCGCUCAUAUGUCUCUGCUCAUUAACUCUAUCAUUACUGCCAUCUCGCGGCCUGGUGUACAAACUGUGACCACUGAACAUGCAGUUAGCCCUUUAAAGGAGGAUUUCUGUAAGGAUAUGGACAAUGAAAGUAUGAAGAGCACAAACUCUCAUGUCACACUGAGCAGUUCACAUACAGCAAGCCUUAAACACUUUUUUGAAGCGGCUGUACCUGUCAAGGAGAUCCCCGAGCCCACAAAGCUAGAACCAUCCAGGAAAAAAAGCUGUGAAAGUCAACAGAUGAGUGACUCAUCAUCCAUUGCUAAGAAAAGUGAGUACAAAUUAAGUUAAAGUUUAAUACAGCUUCUUUUCCAAAAGUGAGUACAAAUUAAGUUGAAAAUGAAUAAACCUAUUAUUCCAAAAGUAAGUACAAACUGUGGUAUAUUAAUAUAGCAACUCAUAUCAAAACUGACUUUACAUUGUGUGAGAAAAUCAAAAUUAACUAUAUAUUGUGUGAGAAAAUCAAAACUGACUAUACAUUAUGUGAGAAAAUCAAAAUUAACUAUAUAUUUUGUAAGAAAAUCAAACUUAACUAUAUAUUUUGUAAGAAAAUCAAACUUAACUAUACAUUGUGGUAAAAAAUCAAACUUAACUAUACAUGGUGUGAGAAAAUCAAACUUAACUAUACAUUGUGUGAGAAAAUCAAACUUAACUAUACAUUGUGUGAGAAAAUCAAACUUAACUAUACAUUGUGGUAAAAAAUCAAACUUAACUAUACAUUGUGUUAAAAAAAUCAAACUUAACUAUACAUUGUGUGAGAAAAUCAAACUUAACUAUACAUUGUGGUAAAAAAUCAAACUUAACUAUACAUUGUGUGAGAAAAUCAAACUUAACUAUACAUUGUGUGAGAAAAUCAAACUUAACUAUACGUUGCGUGAGGUUUAAUAUUGCUAUAGCGACUUCUACCCGGGUGAGAACAAAGUAUGGUGACAAUUAAUGAUUAAAAUUUUCUUUCCAAGCUUUUCAGUCUCUUGCUAUCUUAUAUAACUCUUCCCAACUCUUUCCCAUCUUUAUAACAUUACAUAUUUGUUGACAUGUCUUUGCCAGGUGUUCCUGGUCUUCUUGAUCCUUGAGAGUUCCAUACCAGUUCUUGUCUUGGUCUUGUUAUAUUUGGCAUGGGUUUUCUCAUGGUAUGACCUAUCCAUCGCCUUCCCCAAAGUUUUUACUUCACUAGGAUUUAUGUUGUCAUUUCCCUCACUGAUGUGUUUGGGAUUUUGUCGAACCACUUGAUGUUGAGGAAUUUUAGUAGGCAACCACAAAGCAAAUUUAGCUUCUCUUGCCUUCCAUAUUCUUGCCUUGAUAUCUGCCUCUGAUCGCCCAUCCUUGGUAGCUAUACAUCGUUGAUGGGAACAGUUAUCUACUUCUCCUAGUGCUUUGCUUCUUAUUGCCACCACUCCUGUGCUAUUAGCAAUUGUUAAUUGAGCUAAGCUAAAACGCUGUAUGUAGAGACUGUCAUGUUGUAAUAUUUGAUUAGUAAAUGUGCAUUUUAAUAUUAAAAAGUAAAGAAUUACUAAUCUGUUCAGAGAUUUCAGAUAUAAUAAGAAAGAAAUUAAUUAGAAACUAGAGUCUUUCUAUCUCCAAAAAAUACAAAACACUCGGGCGGUUGCCCCCUUCCCCCUUCUUUGGUGAAAAACUGUUCCCGUUUCAAAUGAUCACUUAUGUUUAUUUAGCCUAACAUUUUUUAUCUUAACAAACAGUGAAUGAAAGAAAACAAAGUCCAGCAAACACUUCCGCUAUAGAAAUCACAUUUAUCUCCCCCUCCUUCCGCAACUUGAUUCCACAAUGUUUGUCGGUGAUAAACUGAUCUAAAUAUCAAUGAAGUGUUGAUCAAGAUAAAUUACUUCCAAUUAUUUAUUUUAGCUAUUUAAUUUAUCUGCAGAAUCUCGAGUCUUCAAAUGGAUGAAAAUAUUCAAACGAGGUAAUGCCACGUUUCUAAUUGUUAAAUUAAAAAAAAAGAAAAUUCAACUUUUUGUUUGUUGUUGAUGAUAUCUGUAUGAAAUUAGUUUUUACUUUGUUUACUCAUGUAAUGUACACUGUUAUCAAAUUAGUUCUACCCAAAUAUUACGAAUCAGGUCUCACUUAAAAGGUUCGUUGGCUUCGUUGUCCAGGGGUUUAAUUAUAUACACACUUCACAAGCCAUUUUUCUCAUAUUAAAUAUCUUCAUUACAUAAUAAUAAUAAUAAUAAUUAGUGGUCUUUUGUAGCGCGGUACCCCAGCCUCGGGCUGGGCUCACCGCGCUGUACAUAAAAAUAUUAUCAAAAGAGACAUGAUCAUGACACAUAAAAUCAAAUACAAUUUGAUUGCUCAUAAGACCACAACACACAAAAUUCCAUCACACCCCCUUUUGCCAAUACUCACAAAGCAUUAAACAUUUAAUAACAACAUCUACCCAAAUACUCUCUAAACAACAUGCAAUUACACAAUACAUACAAGUCCUUAACAGUUUACACAUGUCAUGUACACUGUUAUCAAAUUAGUUCUAUCAUUGUUUACUCAUGUGAUGUAAACUGUUAUCUACUAAGUUCUGCCUUUGUUUUCACAUGUCAAGUACACUUUUAUCAAGCUGUGUGUUUAAAUGACAGUAAGAAUCACAGAGUUUGGGAAAGUUUUUUUGCUCUUCACUCAUGCUUUGAUUUACUGUAUGUUUAAUAUUUCCCUGUUUAUAGUCGAAAACAUUGCAAUAUUCUAAUAUCAAACUUUUUUUUUCAGAUCAGCUGAGCAAUAAAUGUAAAGAUAACUACCAGCAUGAUUAAGACAUCAUUAUUUAAGACAAAAAGCUAUUAAAUGAUUACCGGUACUCAAGUAUUAUAUUCAAUGAACUGUCAUCAAGAAUGAGGUCAAGCUACUAGAUAUGUGAAUAAUAAAUUGUCAUCAAAAAUGAGGUCAAGCUAAUAGAUAUGUGAAUAAUAAACUGUCAUCAAGAAUGAGGUCAAGCUAACAGAUAUUUGAACAAUAAAUUGUCAUCAAGAAUAAGAUCAAGCAACUAGAUAUGUGAACAAUAAACUGUUAUCAUGAACAAACUCUAGCUGCAUGAUGUUUGAAAUUCUUGUCAUGUGACUAAAUCAAAUGAUUGAGUGAAAUACAUAGACACAGUGUUACCUGGGGUGAGCCACUUUUGUAACAUCUCUGAAAAAUUAAAGUCUGC